AUGGUACCAGCUGCUCCCAUUCCACAUGAGGAAUUCUUAUGGGCCCUUUCAACUGACAUAUCCUCAGAGAAAUCCAUUUCAGCGAUCGCACGAACCGUCAAUGCUUCAUUCUCCUCUGAUCCGCUGAUUCGAUGGCUGCGCCCAAAUGCAACGACCUGGGAUAAGCCUGAUGAUUCAGUAUGGAAAUGGCAAUAUCGACGCAUCCAGUCAGUGUUGGUUCAUGGCGAGGUUCUCCAAUCAGGCGACGUCCAGGAGAUGGCGCUCAAGUUUCCGCGGAAGCAAAGAAAAUCUACCGAGUCGGUUGAGCCCGAUACGACGCUGAUAAAGGAGGCACAAUCAUCGGUCACAGCCAGCAUACCGGGCGCUGAUGAUGCAGGUGCUGUCGUCUUCUUGUUCCCACCCAAAGAACAGCUAAGAUGGUCAUUAUCAAGGUUGUGGCUCACAUGGAAGUUGUUUCUACUUGAAAUCCUAAAGCCAGCAUACGACGAUGGAUGCAAGAAACAGCGCGUCGAUCAACUCCUUGCGGCGAAUAAAACUGGAUUGGAGAGCGUACAGGCUCAAUACUCGAAGCAAAAGAUGUGGUAUCUUGAAGUUAUCGCUGUGCAUCCGUCACUGCAGGCGCGUGGAAUUGGAGGGGGUGUCAUGAGGUCAAUCUUACAGCAUGUUGGAGACCAGCCGAUAUACCUUGAGUGUACUCGUCAGGAGAAUAUUGGGUUUUAUGAAAGUUUCGGGUUUCAAGUAGUCAAUGAGGUUGAACUAGUGGAUGAAGAACAGAAUCUCAAAUUUUGGGCUAUGGUUCACUCGGGGCAAGGAUCAUCAGAGGGCAGAUAG